CAAAAAAAAUGCUUAUCAUUUUUUGUUAUCAACAUGCAAUAUACCUAAUGAUAGAGGAGAAGUCUUGCUGUGAGAGGAAACGGUAUAGAAUAGGCCUCAUUUCUAUCAUUGCUUUGGACUGCAACGGUCAAAAAAUGCAGACAGACACUAAAUUAGAAGAUAUUCCGGAAACUCCUUUCAUGGACUUCAUUUUUAAAGAUUUUGAUGAGAAAAUUGAAAGUUUUCAAGACCGCCCAUGGAUUGUGGAUGUUCCAUCCGGAAAAACGGUGACCUUUGGUCAGGUCAAGAAUGACGCGAUUAAAAUUGCCAGCAGUCUUGCUAGAAGAGGCUUCAAGCAAGGCGACACGCUUUACUUUGUGACAUAUGAAAUGGCAGAACUGUUUUUGGUAAAAAUUGGUGUUUGGUUGUUGGGCGGCGUGGUACGAGGGUGCUAUCAAGGAGAAAUCGCUGAUGUCUAUGCCAAGCAGAUUAAAGAAAGCUCGGCAAAGUUUAUACUGGUGGAUUCAGACACCAUUAAUGUGAUUCACACUGCUUUGGAGUUUCUGCAUUCUGAUGUAUGUCUGAUAAGCUUGGGUAAGGAACCCAUUCCAGGCACUUCUCACAUUUCAAAAUUGCUUGCCGAUGAUGGCUCAGCUUUCAAAAAACCGAAAAACAUCAAUGUUAAAGAAGAUAUAGUGGCAAUCUUGAACACAAGUGGAUCGACAGGUUAUCCUAAAGGUGUCGUGCACACACAUUACUCGUGUGUUGGUUUCAUUACCAAUCUUGGGUUCAUCAGGACCGAGAGCACUCUUCUUGAGUUCAUGAUUAAUUACGGAGUUGGAGUUUUUGGUCUGGCGAUGUACUUUCUUACAACAGGCAAAACGAUAUACCAUAUCAAUAAAUUUGAUCGAUCCCAAUACUUCCAACAAAUUUUUACCUACAAGCCGAAAAGCAUUCUGUUUUAUCCCUUUGUGGCCAAUUGGUUUGCUCGGUGUGAAAAUGAGCUUGAGGUUUUAGGAUCAAGAAAUAUUUUUAAUUUGAUAAUGAUUGGUGGUUGGGUGCUUGAUUCAAAAACGGCAGACAAGCUCCAUGAUACAUUGCCAAAUACACAUAUCCAGCAGGUUUAUGGCAUGACAGAAAUUCACUUUGCAACUUGCACAAAGAAUGGCGAAAAACCAGAAAAGUUAGAGCGCUGCGUAAGCGAAGGGCAAGAAUUUACUUCUUCGGGACGCUUCCUGCCAAGAUACGAAGGAAAGAUUAUGGACCUGUCAACUGGAAAAGAGUUGGGCCCACUUGAAGUAGGCGAGUUGUACGUCCGAUCACCUUGCAUUAUGAGAGGAUAUUUUAAACCCGGCAAUCAGGUCGAUUCACCAAUUGACAAAGACGGUUGGUUGCCAACAGGAGAUUUAGGUUUUAUGGAUUUAAAAGGGAACGUUUACAUCAAGGACAGAGCUAUAUUUACCUACAAAUACAUGGCGGUGUUCGUUUUGCCAACUGAAAUUGAAGCUGCACUGCAAGAGCACCCUGAUGUGCAAGAGGCAGGUGUUGUGGGAAUGCCUGACCCCGCAACCAAUAGCGCCUCUAGGGCUCUGGUUGUGCUAAAACCAGGACGAAAAUGCAGUGCAAAGGAGCUAUGCAAAUUCGUGGCCGACAGACUUCCUCCGCACAAGCAACUGCACGGCGGAGUGCAAUUUGUCAAGAGGCUUCCUGUGAAUAAGGGUGGAAAAUUGGACAGGAAGGCCCUCAAAGAUUUAGCAAUUUCAGAAGGAUAGUAUUGAUUUCAUUGUGAUUGCAUGAUUCAAUUUUGAAAUAACUUCUUCGGAGAAAUUUAUUGGUUAAUUUCUAAUAUUAUCAAAUUUGCAUAAAAAUAAAGCCAGAAGCACAAUUACCAUGUGCCAAAAAACUCUUAAUUUCUUUUUAAUUUUUCUCAUUUUUUAUAUAAUGUAAUUUAUUUAGAUAGUAUGUGUGCAAUAUCUUCUAAAUUUUCUUUCGCUAUUUAUCGUUUAUAUUUAUAAUAUAAUACUAUUAUAGCAUUACAAAUCUUAAUAAUGAAUAUUUAUGUUCUCUAUUUUAUUUCCAAGUUUAAAUUUUAAGAAAAAGCUGCCUAUUAUUGCUAUGAUACUUUUCAAGCAAAACACGUCAAAUCAAUUUCACCUACCUUGUGCUGGAUUGCUGGUUGACACUUGACACAGCUGGUUGCUUCAAGAUCAAGAGACAGUUCUUCGUUGAAUUGAAUGCAGAAAGAAAAGGUAUGAUCCGCCGGGAUUUUAGUAACUGCUGAUGAAUUUCCUUCUGCAAUCUUUGGCCUCCGUGAUGCUUUUUUCACUUUCCGCACCAUUCACGUAUAUUAUAUCACCGAAAAUCGUCCAUUUUCACUAUAUAUGUAAGUAAUCAUGCAUGUACGGUUUGGUUCUUUUUCAGUCAUGCACAUUUUGCAAAACACACUAAACCAUGUCGAUUUCAAUAAAACCACUUCACCUGUGUCUUUAGAGUAAUCACGAACCGCGAAUUCUCGAGUCUCGUCAGCAUUGCAAAUUUCCUGCAAACUGGAAGCCGAGAAGUGAACUGGAAGCGAGCAGCAUGGCCUCCGGCUUUCACAAGUCUCAAGAGGAGAAAAAUCAGCAGCAAUCAGCAUACAAAUCAAAACAAAACUCCUUCCGUCGUUUGGUGUGAGAGGUGGGGAGGGGUUGGUGGCGAGGGCGUGAUCUCCCACCUCACACAAGUGCGCGUCACGAAAAUAAUAAAUGUUAUACAAAUAAUGCGCAUUAUGUAUUAAUGAGUAAAUUGAUAGAGGAAAUAUAAUGAAAUAGAUAUUUAAUCAAGAAUGCACCUACUUAAAAUUUGUUUUGAAGAAAAAUUAUCUUUUUUAAUUGAACAUUAUGUUUUACGAAGUACAUAAUAUCCAUAAUAUUAUAACAUAUACAUUUUUAUUUUUGAUGGCCUCUUUGUUUCCUCUGUCAACGCUGUGGAUGAUGCUAAUCGCUAUAAAAGCCUUUAUUUUUAUUUAUGUUGCAUUCAAGAUUUAUUUUAUAAAAAAUUGCCUAUAAGUAGUGAAAAUAGCGAUUACUUUAAAAAUACUGUUUAAAUUUAUCGAAAUAUUAUUAAUGUUAUUCUCUGCUGUUAAUUAUUUAAAAAGUUUGUAUCACUUCUUUUAUAACACAUUUCAACAGCUCAAACCAUCAGAAAACCAAAAACCAGAUGUAUGUAUACAUUUUUUAUAACAAAUCAUGGUGAUUCGAAUUUAAAAUCGUCUUUUCCUCGAUGGGUAUGUGAGCUGUUUUUUUUUUU